CCGGCGUGGGGCGUGGCCGAGGCCGAGGCUGCGUGAGGCGGCCGGCCGGCCUUGGCUUGCGGGGAGGGCUGGGCCGGGCUUCCCUUCCUUUCCCUUCCUUUCCCUUCCUUUCCCUUCCUUUCCCUUCCUUUCCCUUCCUUUCCCUUCCUUUCCCUUCCUUUCCCUUCCUUUCCCUUCCUUUCCCUUCCUUUCCCUUCCUUUCCCUUCCUUUCCCUUCCUUUCCCUUCCUUUCCCUUCGGCGAAGCGGUCUCUCGCUGUUAGGUGCCCAAGCCCGCCACGGGAGGCGUGCGGUGUGUCUCAGUGGGGGCACGCUCUGGCGUUUCGGAGGAUAGGGAUGCUUACUUCGGCUUCUGAACGCUCUCUGUGUGAGCGCCCCGGCUGCGUCCCGGGGCUCUUCUCUGCCUGCAGUUUUCACGUGUAAAGCGUAAAGUGUACGGCAAAGCUCAUCUUUUUCCUCGUUUGUGAGAGAGAUGUCUCCUGAGACCCAAAAGCUUCAGAGAAAUAAUGAAAAAAACCAACCCAGAAGGAAUAAAGAAGUAGCCACACAUUUUAUGUAAUUCACAACUUCAGAAGAAGGAGGUGAUUUUGGGCCUCGUGUUGGUCUGCUCAAUGGAAUCACAGAUAACAAGCCCAACAGAGGAAUCUUGGAUUCACAAACUGAUUUGUGAUAUUUACCAACACAUGAAGUGAACAAGUUUUCUGCUGCAGAAAGCCCCAUUUAGGACCAUAUUAUGACACCAAGACAGAGCUCUGCUCUCCUCGUUGGCAAGCCUCACAGUCAGUGAAACUUCACCAGCGCCAUCCGUUCAGUGACAGACAGGACGAUGUUGAUGUGGUACACUUUACCUUGAACCAGUCAACCUUCAGCCGAUCUCUUGUAUGGUGGCAGCUGGAGCAGCCCUGUGAAAUAGUCACGAUGCCUAAACAGGAAAAGCCAAACGACAUUGAAGAAAAUGUUGGCAGUGAUGUUGACAGUGAAGAAGGGAGUGCAGCUGAGAAUGAAGAAAAUGUCAAAGUAACAGAUAAAGGGGGGAAGAGAUCAACACCAAGAACCAGAAGGGGACAUGCUAGAGUGAGAGCCAGGUGUGGUGGUGAGGAGGAUGAGGAUGAUGAAGAUGGUACAAGGAGAGCUGGGCAUCGCAGGCACAGAAACCGUAGAGGACGGGGACGAGCAGCUAGAAAUGAGGGCAGUGACUCUGAAGGUGACCCUACCAGGAAGAACCAAGCAAAUGAGAAAUCCAAGGAAGAUUAUGAAGAGGAAUAUGAGAAAGGGGGUAAAAGUGGGAAAGGCAAAGACAAGAAACAGGACAAAAAGCCUGAUAAGAAAGGGAAAAAAGAGAACGCCAACAAGAAAAAAAAAGACAAAAAGAAAUCAGGAUCUGGCUCUGAUUCUGACUCUGAAGAGGAACCAAUUACAGAGGAGGAAUUGGCCAAGUUGAAAGAAGAGGUAGAAGAAAAAAAGAAACUAAUCGCCACACUACGAAACAAGCCAUGGAAGAUGAAAAAGAAAUUGUCUGUCCUGAAGGAAGCCCAGCUUUUUGUUGAAAAGUUUGAAGGUGCUCUUGGAAAAGGAAAAGGGAAAAAAUUCUAUGCAUACAAAGUGAUGAUGACCAAGAAAUGGAUGAAAUUUCAGAGAGAUUUUGAGAAUUUUAAGACAGCUUGCAUACCCUGGGAAAUGAAAAUUAAGGAGAUUGAAAGACUUUGUGGAAAACACACAUUGCUGGGUUUGGACAAGGAGAACCGCUUCAUUGCACUGCUGAAAUUUAUGCUGUGCAUGACAAUCUGCAUGCCAAUGCAUAGUAUGACGAGGCUGUGGAUGCAGGAAAAGAUGGGUCACUUUGGCUCAUCAGUAGCAUCUUAUUUCAUAUUCUUGCGCUGGAUGUAUGGAAUAAACAUGAUUCUCUUUGGACUGACCUUUGGACUUGUAAUGGUGCCUGAGGCUUUGAUGGGGAAGCCAUACGGCUCUUUACCUAGAAAAACUGUCCCAAGAGCUGAAGAAGCAAGUGCUAUGAACUUUGCUACUCUCUGGGAUUUUAGUGGCUUUGCACAGUAUUCUGUACUCUUUUAUGGUUACUACAAUAACCAGAGGACAAUUGGAUGGCUCAAGUUCAGGAUGCCUCUUUCAUAUUUUCUUGUUGGUGUUGGGACUAUUGGCUACAGCUUUAUGAUUGUCAUUCGAACAAUGGCAAGGAAUGCAAAUGAUGAUGGUGGUGGGGAUGAUACUAGUUUUAAUUUCAGCUGGAAAAUGUUCACAAGCUGGGACUACUUGAUUGGAAAUCCUGAGACAGCAGAUAAUAAGUUUGCCUCCAUCACGACAAGCUUUAAGGUGAACAUGGUUAUGUCACUUUUAGGAAUGUUCUGUCCAACUUUAUUUGAUGUAAUCAGUUCUCUGGAAAACUACCACCCUCGAAUAGCUCUAAGAUGGCAGCUGGGACGAAUCUUUGCUCUUUUUCUUGGCAAUCUCUACACUUUCAUUAUUGCCUUAAUGGAUGAAAUCAAUCUCAAGUUGGAAGAAGAAAAGAUAGUCAAGUAUAACAUGACAAUAUGGGAAGCUAGUCUGUACAAUGGUACUAUUCCAGAAAAUUCGACUGCUCCUCCAAUACAGGUGGACCCUGCAGAUGUCCCCAGAGGGCCGUGCUGGGAAACAAUGGUAGGACAGGAAUUUGUGCGGCUGACUGUCUCCGACACAAUGACAACAUACAUCACAAUUCUAAUUGGAGAUUUCUUGAGAGCUGUUUUUGUUAGGUUUUUCAAUUACUGCUGGUGCUGGGACUUGGAGUACGGAUUUCCAUCGUAUUCUGAGUUUGAUAUAAGUGGAAAUGUGCUGGGACUGAUCUUUAACCAAGGCAUGAUCUGGAUGGGAUCUUUUUAUGCUCCAUGUCUCCCAGCGAUCAACGUGUUCCGCCUCCACACUUCGAUGUACCUGCAGUGCUGGGCAGUGAUGUGCUGCAACGUCCCCCAAGAGAGGGUCUUCAAGGCUUCCAGAUCCAAUAACUUCUAUAUGGCCAUGCUGCUUUUCAUCCUCUUUCUCUCCACACUGCCUGCUGUGUACACCAUUGUCUCCAUCCCACCAUCUUUUGACUGUGGUCCUUUCAGUGGGAAGACUAGAAUGUUUGAAGUCAUAUCAGAAACUCUGGAGCAUGACUUCCCUUCCUGGUUUGGGAAGGUGUUUGGUUAUGCCUCUAACCCUGGACUCGUCCUACCUUUUAUAUUGCUGAUGGUCCUGAGUAUUUAUUAUCUCAAUGCUACAUCCAAAUCCUACAAGGAAGCAAACUUGGAACUUAAAAAGAAGCUACAAAGUCAAGCAGAAGAAAAUAAAAGAAGAAAUAAACAAAAGGCACAAAAAUCAAAUGAACAAGAUGAAAAUUCAUUUGAAACAGAACCACCACAGCAAACAGGAGGCAAACAAGAUGAAUCCACCCCAAACCAAGACAAGAAGAAAGGACAGGGUGGCAAUGAAGUGAAGAGGACAGGACAGCCACAAGAAGCCAGCUCCUCUCAGGCGCUCCAGCAUGCAGGCCUUGACCUGAACGGCCACUAUCUCCCACAGAGCAGAGGAGGAAACCUUCCACCCCCAUCCAUAGCUGUCACCAGGCCACCAGCGCCCAGGGGAUAUGGAAUGCUGGGCUAUCCACCUGGAAACACAUGCUUCCCAGGCAUGCAGCCAGGAAUGCCUAGGGGGCCUCCCAGCUACAGAUAAAGAGCCUGAAACACAGUGCAGUAUGAUGAAGUAUGCUAAGGGAUAGAAGAGCAGUCCUAAACCCAAACACACUUGCAAGUACAAAAUCCUGCCUGUGUUUGUUGUAAGUCUUCAUGUGCAUGCCCAAGCGCUUAUUUCUUUUUCAGGAGGGGAUGCUUCAGAAGGAAACAUUGCAUAUGUCUUCCUGCAUUUGAAAGCAUUGCAAAAAUGUGUUGUUUGUGUCAAUAGGUUACUAAACUUAAGGAUAUUUAUUGGAACAUAUUUAUUAGAAGAAUGAAUAAUAUUUUGUAUUCAGUUGAUUGUUUUCUUAAAAGCCUGAAAGAUCCUUAAGAUCUUUUCCUUUUUCUUAGAAGUACAGUUCAUUGGAAACAUACCUCCGUACGAAGUGUUUGGGAGUCAGUUAUAUUUAAACACUGCAUAUUUCUUGUCUUCUGUAGGUGAGAUAUGCUUACCCAAAGAUUUCAGAUUAUACAUGAGAAAACUAGGAUAUUUUCAAAAGCCGAAUGACUAUGCCUGAAGUCUUUGGGAAAGUAUUUAAAAGGUAAAAGAAAGGCAAUUUUCUGCCUGUUGCUAUGAAAAAAAAAUUAACUCCUAUCACAGUACAACUUUUAGCUAAUAAUAGUUUUAACACAUUCUGAAAGACUAAAAUUAAAUUUGAAAAAUCAAAGUGUUGAAGAAAUAUCUCAUGUGCAGAAAAACAUAUUUGAGGAAGAGACAUAAGACAGUUAUGCAAUAUUUCCCCCAAAUACUUACAGGAUUGUGUUAUGACACAGGGACACUUUGUAUUGCAUAAGAAUAUGUGCUGUAUAAUCUUCUCUGUGGAUCUGUGAUUGCAUAUUUGUAUUGGUCUCUAUAGAGUCCAGGGUAGAACAGGUCCUUAGUCUGAUAGGUUUUGUGGAAACACAGAUACCUUGUGCAGAGGUCCAUUUUGUACAAUAGAAAAACUAACCACAACUCAGUAUGAAACAAGCCUGUGACAUCACAAAACAACCUUCAUAUAAUUAAAUUGUGGAACUUUAAUUGUGUAGCUAAAUUGUGAAAAAGGCUUACAAAAAAACUCCAGUAUAGACCAUGUAUCUCCUCAAACCACAAUGGUCCAGAUCUAAUUUUCAGCUCAGGCAGUCUUUGAAUCAAUUGCCAGAACCUAGGAGGAUAAACCAAGGGAAAGUUCACUUUGUUUUGACUCUUGUACUGCUUCCUAGGAGGAUAAACCAAGGGAAAGUUCACUUUGCCUUGACUCUUGUACUGCUUCCUAGGAGGAUAAACCAAGGGAAGUUCACUUUGCCUUGACUCUUGUACUGCUUCCAUGAGCAUCUGCUAUCAGCUGGAGAUAAGAUAUUCGACCAAUCAGACCUUUAGUGAGCACCAUCAUAGCUGUUUUGUGUGUAAGUACUGAGCACUGAUAAACAGAUCAGGAGAUAAGUGGAUUGCAGUAACUACAAGGGAGAGGCUUUUCUAGUGCACAGACUGGAAAUGUUGGUACUGAGGGAGAGGACAAAUGAGUUUAGACUGGAUCAGGGGGCAUGUGUGCCUCUGGCGUGUGGGUGCAGGCAGUCUUGAACUUAGAGAUAUGUAGAGAUAAGUUCAGUGCAAAUGGUUUAAUCUUUCUCAGAUAAGAUUUCUAACCUAUGGAUUUCAGACAUGUGGGAAAAGUACAGUAAUUCAAACUAUUAAUUUGAAAUCUUCUUCUAACAUGAUUAAUUUUUAAACUGCAUAUGUUUUUAGCCCAUAAAUUUAUAAUACUGUCAGUUAAGCACAGGCCCCAGUGCUCUUGUGCUUCCAUGCUUUUAAGGUAAACCUAUUUCUACAAGCUCGGAUUGAUCUAUCAUGAGACACUGAUUUUCACAGAGGUUUUAGCUCACUGUUCUUAACAUUUCCUAAUACAAAAACAGUGCAUAUUCCUUAGGAAAAAGAAGAUUGUAUAUAGAAUAAGCUAAGAAACUGUUUUUAAAGAUGCUGUAUUACUUGGUGAUCUAUCUGUGUUUUUCAAGGGGCGUUGGAAUAAAUUGGAAUUGUAAAGAGGUUUUGAUGCAGUCUGGUUCCCUGAAAUGUAGAAGGAGGUUUAUGCUACAUGCACAGAUCUUAAUAAGGAUUCCUUGUUCUGUUGGGACUAAAAAUUUUCUGUGCGUAUUAAAGGCUUUAUCAUUAUUAGUAGGCUUAGUAUUUAAUUUUGUGGGAUUGCUUUACAUCAUGAAUGGGAGAGAAACCAACAAGAAAUCCACCAGAUCAAAUUAUUCUGAGGCAAUUUUUGUUAGAUCUGUAUGCUGUAUUGAUUUUUGACAAUAAAUGUGUUCUCAGAAUGUGGCUGUAUAUGCAGUGAUGAGCACGUAAUAGCCAGCAUGAGUAACAAUAACAAGAUGAGAUGUUGUUCAUACCCUGUGAUCAGCAUCAGACUGCUGUGACUGAAAAUGCGAUAUUUAUUCUUAUCCUUUGGUACCUCUAAGUAAAGGUUUUUCAUCACUGUGUUUCAUGAAGCUGUGCUUUCAAAGCUUCCUAGCUUAGUUCUGUUUAAUUGCUUGACAUCGUAUUGAAAACAGAAUAUCGAUUUAGCAGACAAGAUGUGAUCUUGUACGUUUCAAUGUUCUAUACUAAGUUCACCUUUAAGAAAACAUACUGUUUACUUGGUAGAAGUAAUUUUGAAACUAUUACAAUAAUUUCAAUAAUUUUGCAUUAUUAGAUUUCGAGUCACAUUUCCUUUCUGUACAACCUUUCUCUAUCUGUCUCUAAACUGAGUCUUUCAGUUCAAAUUUUUUGUAUCAGCUUUUUUUGAAAAAGCACCUCAUGCAACCUUCACCCAGCUGCUCCUCUGUCUGAGUCUUGUACUGUUCUGAACAGGUAACAAAUACUCUUGAUAACAGGAAUAAAACUUUCUGUGAUUCAAA